CGUUAAUUUUUUAGAAACUGAAUGAACUUUGGAAGGAAUUUCUGAAUAUAAAUAUUAUUGCAUAAAGGUGAUUAAAAGCUUUAAGGUCUGAUUUUUUUUUUUUCCUGAUGGAAACAGGAUAGAUCGGCGCUGCUCUGCUUUAGCAAAGUGCGCAUUUUAUUCUACUUUGUACGCACAAAGGAGGUUCUGUUCGCCCCGCUGCAGGUAGAUAACUGUGCUCAGGUAUUGUAACACGAAACUCAACCACGUGACCAAUGGCGAAGUGAGGAGUAGACGAGGGGAAAAAAAGAGCUUUAGAUGAAAGACCAACUCAUAGGACAGCCGAGGAUGUAGUCUCGGGUACUUCAGGUGAGGCGGAAGCAGUUGACGCGUAAAGAAUCAACCUGUUCGAUGUUCCUCGUUUUGCCUCGACCAUCUGGAAGCAGUCGGAUGAAGGGUGUGUCUGUUCAAAUGGAGGCAGUAAAUCCUCACGGCGGCUGUCUGUGAAUGAAAUGGACCCAAGCUGAUGCCCCGACUGUACCAGUCUGCCCCCAUUUGGCCCUGCUGGUCACGGGUAGAGAUGGCAGCGUGCCUGGAUGUGCUGACCAUACCUGGAGCUGUGGUUGGGAGUGUUUUACUGCUGGUGCUGAGCAGUAAUCCUGUGUGGGGGAAUAUGACCUUAAGUGCAAGUGACACCCAAUCUAAUAACACUACAGGACCCAACAUCGCAGCCAUUGUGGCCCCUACAGUCACCUUGGGAGUGCUGGCUAUAGUCUCGGCUUUUCUCGUCUGGUUGUUCUGCGUGGUCAAAAAGAAGAGGCAGACCGAAGGGACGUACAGACCCAGCGCUGAGGAGCAGUCUGGUGCACGCAGCAUUGCCGCACCGGAUGCACUAAAAUUACCAAAGGAGGAAAGACUCAUUUGAGGUUUUGUGGAACACCUUGUAAGGACACAGGCUGCAAACACUUGCACGGCAGCCUUCCUGUGUGACGAGGCUCUCAGAUUGGGGCUUGACCACUGAGAGAAAACUGUCUCCAGGUUUAAGAGAGGACAAAGAGAGAUCUUUGAAACCGUACAACAUGAUGCAUUUUCUUGCCGCUCCAUUUCAACAAGCACUGAAUUGUUCUUGCUUGGUAAGCCGAAGAGAAGCGCCCAAAGGGAUUUUUCUCUGACUUUUAAGAACAACUGAACAUUUCAAAGAGGUCUAAAUGUUUAUUCUGCACAAGUUAAAAAAACAAAAAGCUACAGUAUUUUAUCGCCACUAAUGAUUUUAGUUUAGCGACACUUCUUUUUGCCAGCUGCCUUAAGUCCUAAUUACUUGCUGGAUUUGAUUCUGUCUAAAAUUUCAAUGCAAAAUCUGCUGACCUUUAACCUCAAACGUUUUGCGUUUUUAGUCAAUCGCAUUUGAAAAGGAAAGAGUUUCUAUUUAUGAGUUUAAUCAAAAGAUCUUAUCCUCGUGAAAACUAGUUUUUUACAAAGCUGCUCUGAGCUAAAAAAAGAA